CAAAACUUUCAGAAAAAAAAAAAAAAAAAAAUGAAAGCCUAGACCGGCUCCUCGGCGGCGCGGGCGCUGCGCGAGGGCUCCGGCGCUGACUCCCGGCGGCAGGAAGUCCCUCGGGUCGCGCCGCCCGGGUCCCCGCUCGGCGCCCGCGUGGGAUGGUGCAGCGCUCGCCGCCGGGCCCCGAGAGCUGCUGCACCGAAGGCCGGCGACCAUGGCAGCGCGCCCGCCGCCCGCGCCCCCCGCCCGCGCCCUCCUGCUCGCCCUGGCCGGGGCUCUGCUGGCGCCCCCCGCGGCCCGAGGGGUGAACCCAGGAAGCAAAUCAGCACCUUCCAUCCAGCAGGCCGGAAGAAGGGGCCGGGGAGGAGCUUACGAAAUAGUUCAGGUCUCUGUCUUGAACGGAGCCCUCUGGGACCCCACGGAGAGCAUCCACUCUAAGAAUCAUCCGGACGUGUUGAAUAUUCGAAUACAGCUGGAAAGCAAAGAGCUGAUCGUAAACCUGGAAAGAAACGAAGGCCUCAUCGCUAACAGCUUCACAGAAACCCAUUAUCUGCUGGAUGGCACCGAUGUCUCCCUCACUCGAAAUUACACGGGUCACUGUUACUACCACGGACACGUGCAAGGAUCCUCCGGUUCCACAGCCAGCCUCAGCACUUGCUCUGGCCUCAGGGGACUUAUUACAUUUGAAAAUAACACGUAUCUCUUGGAACCAAUGAAAAAUGAAACCAAUGAAUACAAGUUCUUCCCGGUGGAGAACCUGAGAGGCACCUGGGGGUCCUGCGGAUCACAUCACGGCACGUCUGCCCCGGCUGCAGAGACCAGGCUCCCGCCGCCCUCCCAGACGUGGGCAAGAAGGCAUAAAAGAGAGACCCUCAAGAUGACCAAGUACGUAGAGCUGGUUAUUGUCGCGGACAACCGAGAGUUUCAGAGGCAAGGAAAAGAUCUGGAAAAAGUUAAGCAGCGAUUAAUAGAGAUCGCUAAUCACGUUGACAAGUUUUACAGACCACUGAACAUUCGGAUAGUGCUGGUGGGCGUCGAGGUAUGGAAUGACAUCGACAAAUGCUCGAUUAGUCAGGACCCGUUCACAAGCCUCCACGAAUUCCUGGACUGGAGAAAGAUGAAGCUUCUACCUCGAAAAUCACAUGACAACGCCCAGCUUAUCAGUGGGGUUUAUUUCCAAGGGACCACCAUUGGCAUGGCACCCAUCAUGAGCAUGUGCACAGCAGAGCAGUCCGGAGGAAUCGUCAUGGACCAUUCAGACAGCCCCCUUGGCGCAGCUGUGACCCUGGCACAUGAGCUGGGCCACAAUUUCGGGAUGAACCAUGACACUCUGGAGAGAGGCUGUGGCUGCAGUGUGGCUGCUGACAAAGGAGGCUGUAUCAUGAACCCUUCGACCGGGUUCCCGUUCCCCAUGGUGUUCAGCAGCUGCAGCAGGGAGGACCUAGAGGCCAGCCUGGAGAAAGGCAUGGGAAUGUGCCUCUUCAACCUGCCAGAAGUGAAGCAGUCUUUCGGGGGCCAGAAGUGCGGGAACGGAUAUGUGGAGCAAGGAGAGGAGUGUGACUGUGGAGGGCCGGAGGAAUGUACGAACGUCUGCUGCAAUGCCACCACCUGUACCCUGAAGCCGGACGCUGUGUGCGCACACGGGCUGUGCUGUGAAGACUGUCGGCUAAAGCCUGCGGGAACGGCAUGCAGAGACUCCAGCAAUUCCUGUGACCUCCCCGAGUUCUGCACGGGGGCCAGCCCCCAGUGCCCGGCCAACGUGUACCUGCACGACGGGCACCCGUGUCAGGGAGUCGACGGCUACUGCUACAACGGCAUCUGUCAGACCCACGAGCAGCAGUGCGUCACGCUCUGGGGACCAGGUGCUAAACCGGCCCCUGGGAUCUGCUUUGAGAGAGUCAACUCCGCAGGGGACCCUUACGGCAACUGUGGCAAAGACUUCAAGAGUGCCUUUGCCAAAUGCGAGAUGAGAGAUGCUAAAUGCGGGAAAAUCCAGUGUCAAGGAGGCGCCAGCCGGCCCGUCAUCGGUACCAAUGCCGUUUCCAUCGAAACGAAUAUCCCGCUGCAGGAAGGAGGGCGGAUUCUGUGCCGUGGGACCCACGUGUACUUGGGCAAUGACAUGCCGGACCCCGGGCUUGUGCUUGCGGGCACCAAGUGUGCGGACGGAAAAAUCUGCCUCAAUCGUCGAUGUCAAAACAUAAGUGUCUUCGGCGUUCAUGAAUGUGCCAAGCAGUGCCACAGCAGAGGGGUGUGUAACAACAGGAAGAACUGCCACUGCGAGGCCCACUGGGCGCCUCCCUUCUGUGACAAGUUUGGCUUUGGGGGAAGCACAGACAGCGGCCCCAUCCGGCAGGCAGACAACCAAGGUUUGACCAUAGGAGUCCUGGUGACGAUCCUGUGUCUUCUCGCUGCUGGAUUUGUAGUUUAUCUGAAAAGGAAGACGCUAAUACGCCUGCUGUUUACAGAUAAAAAAACCACCAUCGAAAAGCUAAGGUGUGUGCGCCCUUCUCGGCCGUCGCGCGGCUCGAACCCUGGCCAGGCUCACCUCAGCCACCUCAGCAAAGGCCUGAUGAGGAAGCCACCACAUUCCAACAUGUCGAAGGACAACGCCAGGAGGUGGCCACAGUGUCAGAAUCUUGACAUCAGCGGACCCCUCAGAGCCCUCGACGCCCCUCCGCCCAGUUCGCCUCAGCGAGUGCUCCCGCCUCUCCAGAAGGCUCCCCGUGCACCCCUCGUCCCCGCCAGACCCCUGCCGGCCAACCCUGCUCUUCGGCAGGCCCAGAGAGGGAUUAUUGAAAAUUGGGAAAUUUUCACACACGCAAGGGGGGAGAAGAGAGAGCAGAGAAACCUCGUCUGCCCGACAGCCACCCUCAGCACCUGCCAGCUUGAGGGAACUCGGAAGCCAAACCCUCCUCAGAAGCCUCUGCCUGCAGAUCCUUUGAGUAAGACCUCCCGGUUCACCAGCCCCUCCGCCAGGGCCCUGGGGCAGCCGGAGUCUGGGCUCUGCCUGGUGCCGCUCAGACCCGCUCCGAAACACCCACGUCAAGUGCCCAGACCUACCCACGCUGCCUACGCGAAGUGAGAAGCAAGUCGCCAUCUUUUUUCAACAGUGAAGACAGAAGUUUGCACUAUCUUUCAACUCCAGUUGGGAGUUCUGUGUUUUUGUACCAACUUUUAGAAUUUUUUUUUUUUAAUGUUUAAAACACCAUUAUUUUGAGAACUUCGAGCUACUGCCGUCGGUGCUGUGCUGUGCUAUGGUGCUCUGUAUACUUGCUCAGGUACUUGUAAAUUAUUAAUUUAUGCCAAAUGCUUGUUACAGUGCAGUGCGCUGUGGGAGGCAUUUUUACCAUCACUGAGUUUUCCACGGAAGGAAGGCUUGUGUGCUUUCAGUAGUUUAGUGAACUUGAAAUAUCAUGCUUUAUGGGCUUCUGGACAGGAGGUUCACUUUCCGAUCGAGGCUUUAUCGAAGAACCAUUCCCCAGCCAUGCGUGGCUGUGGGUAUGGCACAGACACAGCCCAGGAGACCCCAGGUAGAAUGAAUGCUGAGUGAUUCUCUGGAACCCCUGAUCUCGAGCUAGAGCCAGGGGCUUCGAGUCCAGGCUGGGUGUGGCUGUCGGGGAGACCCUGGCCCCGCCCACCAGCGGCUACACCUUGAACUUCCAGGAGAGCAGGGAAGGAUCUGGCUUGGGGCCAGGAAGCUUGGAAGAGAACCCGAGUUGCAGGAAGGAAUUUUAAGGUGUGGCCGCCCCAGGACAGAGCCUGGAACACAGGAGGCCGGGCAGAAACUUGACCGUGAGCUCACCAGCCGUGAGCACAUUUGGAGAGCAGGCAAUGACACUGCCCUCCUCACAGUGCUGGCCUCCGCGUCUUAUCUAGAUGGGGAAAGGUGGCGUUUCUACAAGGAGGCUCCUGCCCAGGCACCACAAACAUGAAUCUCUCCCUGUACGGUUUGGCGCUGAGCAAAUUACCACCUUGUCUUCUCAACCGUAAUACAGUGAUUCUGUGUUCAGACGGAUGGAUGAGGCUUUCCAUGGGACCAUAACUAUUUUCAGCUGUGAACCAGUAACGAGAUCUAGCGAAUCAAUCCUGUAGAUAAAAAUCUUUUAUUGCAAGGUUCAAACUUACUAAAAAUUGGGCAGACUCCGUAUGCCUGCAAAAACUACAACCGAAUGGAUGCCAUGAGGCAGCCUGCGUCCGCCGUUCGUCUAGGACAAAGAAUCCUAAGUUACUCGUAAGUUAUUUAGGGGGGCAUUCUAUUUUCCCAGCUUGGCCGCAGGAAUCUCGAAAAGGUAUUUUUAGUAUAAACAUUUGCAACCUACCUGUUGAGCGGCACAGAAUGUGAUGAGGAAAUCAAUUUCCUAAUCCUAAAUAUUCAUGAAAUGCAUUCUUGGGCCGCGUCCCUUUUAACCUUUCACUCUUCAAAUGUCUGACUGGGGAGCCACUUCUCCACACGAUCUUGAAGCUGCCUGCGUCUAAUGGCAUGAAAAUGACAAAAAUACUCAGACAAGGUAAAAUGCCAUUAUGCCUCUGUCUUCUAGUGGGGUCAUAUGUGACUCGUUUUGACACUGGAAGGCAAUUGACAACAGUUCUGUAAUUCACUCUGAGUGUUUUGUGAUGAAGACUUCAACUGGGGUCAUUUCAACGGUUUUUCCAGGCCUUGAAGCAGAGAGACCAAAUAUACCAAGAAUCAGUUUGCCUUCCAGAAAACAAGACUGCAGUGAACUCUCCCCGUGUUCCCCCACCGUAUCUAGGCAACAUGGUAAUCACGAUCGCGGAUAAACUAAAUAAAGCCAUGUCACAAACACAAAAGGGAGCCCAGCGCUAAAACAUUCCAACCCCUACAGCAUGCAUCUGUAUCAAUUAUUAAUUUCUGAAGAAGGUAAAGCCAUGUUAGAAAAUGUUACUGCUGAUGAGUACCUACAGAAUUACGGUAACUGAUAUUACACUUAGUAAUUGUAUCAAGGCCAAACCCGAUGCUAGUGAAAAGUUUACAGAAUUUUUAUGGUGCAUUAUGUGGGUAUUGUCUUUACAGGUGCCCAAACCCUUGGAUCUGUCAUUUUAGCCCCUCCUCCUAUGGGAGGAAGAGGGUGUGAAUUUUGUUUUUUGGGGUUUUGUUUUGGUCUUUUUUUUUUUUUUGUCCUUAACUGUAAUUCCUGUGCUUCCAUUUCAGAGAACCAGGAAUAGCCUGGUAUUAAAAAAGGUUAACGCUGUGAUCUUACACAAUGUCAUCGAUGGCCAUUUAGGAGCUGCAGCUGAUGACACAUUUGUGUCUCUAUAGUAAUUGCUUUUAUAGAGCCAUACACGUUAUUUCUGGAUACUUGUUUAAACCUAACAUCCCCUUACAAUAUACAGAUAUUAUUAAAGGAACAGUAUUCCCAAGAUGCAGAAUUAUAUUUAGCAAUAACUUCCAUUUUAACAGAACAUAGGAAGAGAGCCAGGUAUUUUGGGGAUGGGGGAAAGAUGAACCCCCCCCUUUUUAUAGCCUUAUAGAUGAUGGCAACAAAAAGCAAUAUUUCUAUUUCAGUGCCAGUCUAUUUUUUUAAUAUGUUUUUAAAGUUUUAUAGGCAUGAAUAAGAGUUGAUUUGAGUUUAUAAGGCUGUCACUGAGAAACUCAACGUGUCUAGACACGAAGUAGGCCCUGAGGGUGGUCACUUUUCUUCCCCUGUCUCGUUAUACGCGUAGUUCUCUGACCCCACUUACUGGAAAAUAGAUGGCUAAUCUUCCAGGCAUUCUGUUUAAGAGUUUAUCUCCUGAGUUUUUUGGUAACAGUUUGUUUUCCUGACACAUGGAAUCAGAUGGGUAGCAACCAAGGGAAACAAUGCAUAACAUUUUCCAUUGUCAAAAUAUGCAUACGGAGGUUAUACUUCCCAGUGUGAAUUUUUCCAGCUUACACAUGUGGGAUGACGUCACAGAAACCACAAAAGCAACAAAUUAAACUACAUGAGAAUAAAUACUCCUGACUGGUCUCCGAAGGGACAUUUUUAUGCCUUCUUGACUUUAGUAUGAGUUCUCAGGCUUGAACCCAUAGGCCCUUGUUCUCUGGCAAAUCAAUACAACACAUCAAUGCAUCCCCUAAAAGAAAGGCAGCUAAUGCUCUGAUCAGUGACAAGCUGUCCUCAGGAGCCUGUGAUCCCCCCUGGUGCUGGGCCAGCUGAGAAGGCCCCGGCCCCCUCCUGCCGUCUCUCCGUUCAUGUUUACUAAAUUAGCAUUCUGAGCCAAUGAGACCCUGACAACGGAAAGGACGAGAUGCCUGGGCAGGCGGCCGCAGCCUUCUCGUGCAAGCUGACCCCUUCGCACACUUUCCUCGUGAGGCUGAUUUCAUGUUAAACGUGUGCUGGGGGGUGGGGGCGGGGCUCCCUCUCCAGUGUUCUGGGAGCGGCCGGCCCAGGGCGGAGAUCCCUCCUCACUGCUAUCGGUAGGACCCCAGCUAACCACAAGUGACCCGGAUAAACGUCAUACCGACCCUCCCCAGAAGUCUCACGCAGCCAGCUGCUGACCCCCAGGCGUGAUUCUCAAGCUGCAGACUUCAUACGUUGUGGCUGGCGGGCGGGGGACAGUGCAGGUACCAUUGUUUCAUGGCCCCCCACCCCACGGAGGCCGGCCCUAGGCUGCCACACUUCCUCCCCCCACGACUCAGGAGCAGACCCGUGAACACAUCUGGAUCUGGACACAAGGCAGAGGAGGCUACGCCAUCUGUUUGCUUCUCAUCACUUAAGAGGCAAGCCUCUUUUCCAGAGGACCCUCCAAGGUGACAGAUUGCUGUGGUCAUAGCUACUUUAGGUCGCCCAAAGCGGGGACCGUGACACUGUGUCACUACCCCCACGAGCCCAGCCUUCUCCAGAGCUAUGCCCCCAGCUCUGAACCCCGCAAGAGUCCCCCUUCCAGGCAACAUCGUGCCACAGAACAUCCGUCUGUCUAGGAUGGCACGAUUCCCUGGGCACCCUCUCCAGUCCCUAUUGACAUCUGUCCCUUUAAAACCUACUUUGGAACCUCUGAUAGCGAUACGAGUAACACUCUAAGAAAGAGUGGUAAGCCCCGGGCUAAGAACCAGUUCCGGGCACUGAGGAUGCUUCCAGAAGCAAUCUACCUCCACGUGGAUGAAAAUCCCCUCUUUACUCUUGGGACAGCAGCGACAGCAGCCAGUCCAGCCAUAAGAGUGUUGCAUGUGAGGAAAACCUAGGAGAAGAGACAGUGCGUAUAAAAUCGCGAUAACAGUCCAUCGUGGGCAGUGACAGCCAGGAGAUUUACCACACACUGAAAGGAAUGCUCCGUGGAUUCAGCUCUUUCAGGUUGAAUAUUCUGGAACCCACCCUGACCUUCCACAUCAUCUGCAGAAAAACAUGUCUUCUAGGCUCCCCCCUUCCCCCCCUCCCCCGCCCCCCGUGGGUCUCCUUCCAUAAAAUAACUUAGUCCUCAGUUGAAGCACAGUUCAAAUCCAGGCAAAAUAAUAAAUACCUUGUGAUCUUUUUAGUUUUACAAGGAAACCGAAAAACAUCUAUGUUCAUGGCCUAUAAGCAAGUACUUAAGUAGGGCAGUGAUGGGGAAAAAAAAAAAAAAAAAAAAGCAUCAAAUGAGAAAGACAGAAAACCCUCUAACGGUCCCAGCAGGACAAGCGAUGGCAGAGCAGAUUGUUCUCUGACCUUCUCUUAGGUCAGACUGGGAGGGUGUCAGGAAGGCCCGUGGCACACCGUUAAGUCCAAGUCUUUUUAACUCGUGGCUAUAGGCUGUUCGGCACAGUACAAAGUUACCGCUUCUCAACAAACCAGUCCAUUAAUUUCAUAGUGCUUCGUCCAUUUAUAAUGCUUCGGUUUGCUGACUUUUUUCACAUACCUUUUAUGUUACAGUCUGUUACUUUUGUACACAGUUCUCAUACUGGGGCUCUACAGGUGACAACCUGCUAUUUCCGUAGAAAAAGUUCUUGUUAAGAAUAUUAUAUCCAAUAAAUGGUAUACAGUAAACGUA